AUGUAUAAAGAGUUCCGUGUCAACCUUAGCCACGCGCAGACCUUAAAGGUUUUGCAUGGAAAACCUGUUCGAUUAACGCAUGCACAGCUUAAUGCUGGUCAUGCUCCAGAUUUUGGUCCCGAGACUUACAAGAAGCUUGUCAAAGCGUAUGAAUCUGGUAAAGGAACGACUUUACGUAUGACACACGGCGACGUUUUGCGUACGCAUCAAUCUGGACUUGAUGGUAGCGGCUUUUGGGGCGAUUUAUGGGAUGGAAUCAAAGAAGCUGGAAAAUCAGUUUGGGGAUUUUUGAAGAAUAACUGGAAGCCAAUUGCUGGCUCUGUAAUGGAUACUGUUGCUGAUCUUACUGGUCCCGAGACUGGUGGGUUUAGUCAUGAAAUUCGUAAGGAGUGA